UAUUGCAAAAACUGUGAUUCUGUGAUACAAAUCUAUAGAAAAGUGGGUCCCCAACUUUGAUUCGGGCAGAUUUAUUUCCGGCUUCAAUUUUAGCAAUUAGUUGCGUUAUCCAGUCUAUUUCAGAUCAGUGGUCAAUGGUCAUUUAUAAAUUGACCGUUUAAUAAGACCCCUCAAUGGAGCAUGGAGGUUGUGCGAGAUUUCUGGUUAGCUCGUAAUAAGAUGUGUGCAUUAGUUGAAAUUAAUAAAUUUUUGCAAAGAAAGGACAAAGACUCUUUGCCAAUAGAUGCCAAUUGUUCCUUGCUGUUUGCUAAAAUCUUCUACGAAAAUGGAGACUUGGUACGUUGUGAGGAAUUAUUAAAAAGAGUUGAGUUUGAAGCAUUUGAUCUGACGCAAUUGAUAUUAGAGAACAACCAGCUUAUCCUGAAAUACUUGAUUUGUGAAACUAUCAUUGAUAAUCCCAAGGCAAUAGCUACGUCUAUGGGCAUACUGUUGGAGAAACUACAAGGGCUACCAUUUUCUGAUGUCUGUGAAGUUGAGCUCAAUGUAUGCUUGAACUAUGUUGCCAUUGUAUUUAAUUCAACGGGCGAUGAUCGUCUCGUUCCUGGUGGAUACAACGUAUGCCAGGCGGCCAUUGAAAGAACUUUGUGUAGAGUUUUUGGAACAACGCAAAAGGUGUGUUCUACUUCGUAUUUAGUAUUUGAAGAAAAUAUCCGACAUUAUUACGUUGAUGGACAAGAAGGAAAACACAAGGAACAUAAGGAAGUGGCGAUGUUGCUUGUUAUAUUUAUUUCAAUCUUGAUGAUAAAUUCUCACGUGUUUGAAUCGUACAAUCUCAUGAUGAGUCUGGCUGACUGUUAUCGGUCAGUUGAAAAAAAUGUUGAGUUGAACUCCAUAUUCACUUUAACAGCAGGCGCAGAGAACCUUGAAAGUUGCUUGCUACCGACUAUCCACUUUCUCCUGAGCUGCUCGUCAUUCAUGUUAAAUAAGAAAACAGAAUGUUUAAAACAUUGUGAUAAAUGUUUGAGUUUUAAAGCAGACUUUGUAAAUGGACUUUUUAUGAAAGCAUUGUUAUUAUACGAAAGCAGACAAUAUGAAAAUGCAUUGUUGUAUCUCGAGAGAAUUGUGAGCUCAGCUAAUGGAAGUGGUUGUCUGCCUAAAUUGCUGAAUUUUGUUGGUUGUAUUCUAGCAAGACAGGAAAAGUAUCAUUCAGCGCUGUUAAAAUUCCGACUGUCAUUUUUCAUUGAUAAAAACCACUUGGAGGCUCUUUACAACUGCUCAGUAGUUUAUCGUGAAAUGUGUGAUACUGUUCUUGAAUUUAACAUGUGGAAAUAUCUCUAUAAGAUUUUGAACGCAAGGCAACGAUGUCCGAAGCAGCGCUCACCUUCUUCAUCAACUUUAUUGGAUCAUAUUUAUCGUCAAGUUUUUGAUGUACUAGGUCGUAUCAACUCAGAAGAUAAUUUUGUCAUUUUCACCGACAUAAGUGGUGUUACGAAGUACAAUAGACAAAAUUCAAAACUUGGUUUGUCUUCUGUAUUGUUCAAAUUGGGCAGCACCUGUUUGAUGUUACGACGUUAUUCCGAGGCGUCGCGAUUUUAUGGAAAACUUGUCAAUAAUAUUAAUGAGAAACCCGUUGAUUUAAAAAAGUGUGGUGUAUCUAGUCUCGCAAGAAUCUACGUUGACUUUACCGAGUCUUUGGCGUACUGUGGCAGAUGGAAGGAUUGUCUUGUCGUGUGUGAAAAGUUCUUGAAGAAAUUUGAUGCUUCCAACAUAAUAUGUAAACUACUUACUUCCGAAGAUGUUACUGCGUUUGAUAAAGGAAAAGACUUAAUCAAAAUCAUGGUACAAAAGGCCGAAGCUUUGAACAAAUUGAAGAAACUGAUGGAAGCUGUCGAUUGUUAUGAAAAUUCUCUCGAUGUCAUUAGCAAAAGUCUCAUGUUUUGUCAAAAGACACACUUGACGUCGGAUUCUGAUUUAGAAGAACCAACGAGUAAGAAGCAAAAGAAAGAAACCAGGGUCAAAAGCGAGAAUUUUCAACAUGUGCAGCUACAAGACUUACAACAACUGAAGGCAUCCGCUUUGUAUUACCAGAGCCUGCUUCUUCCAUCAAUUAAAGGAAAUGAAGAAAAAUUUGCUUCGCACUCCCGAUGAAUUCUUUGCCAGAGAAACAGCGCUGUAUUGUUUUUAGUUCAAAAUAACUGCUGACACACGCACAGAUUGUCAAAUUUAAUAUUCAUAUUCAGACAUUUUGUUGCUAAUAACUAAUACAAGAUAACUGAUUUUCUUUGUUAAAAGUAGAUAUAUGAAACCAUUUUGUUAAAAGUGGUUAAAAGAAACAGUUACUGCGUGCCAUUUUUCGUUAUUUGACCUGACUGAAAUAUUAUUUAACUGCUGAUGAUGAAUUGUUUUAUGACCAUGCUUGGUUAUUUCUUGAAGGAUGUCAAACAUUAUGAACAGGAUCGUAAACAUGAAGUCAAAGGUUUUUAUAUUUUUUCUGUAGCCCAAUACUUUAGUUGAGUAUCAACUUUUCCGCUGAAGCAGUUUCUUGAAGUUUUGGCGCUGACCUCUUCACAACUUGUUUUAUAAAGAUUUUUCAAAUGCAUACAGCUGUCAGAAUCAUUUUAAGUUUCAGAUAGCAUAGAAUAAAUCUUUGUAUUUGCUGGAAAGUACACAUUAUUC